AUGUUUUCAACGUCAUAAAUGUCAAUCAAAACUAUCAACAAAAAUAAAAUAAAUGCGGGAUACAAAAGUUGCUUGUGGAAUUACUCUAGAAUGGUUAUACGAAUCGAUUCGCGAGCUUCAGAGAAUCGCCCAUUCUCAAGCCCAUAAAAAGUUUUUAGCAGCUCGUCUUAUACAGAAGACCUUUCGUGGAUAUUUGGUUCGAAAAUCAAUCAAAAUCUGUCAUGAAACAGCCAUUACAAUUCAAAAGAAUUAUCGACGGUAUCGGGCACGUCAACAGUUUUUCGAGCUCCUCGAGCAAACUAUACGUGACCAAUUUUGUCAGCACUUCAACCAUGAAGCUACCAACAUCCAAAAAAUAUAUCGCGGAUUUUAUUCCCGAAAAUAUAUCAAUGAUUUCAUGAAAUUACGUCAAACUCAGAGACAGGCGGCAAAGGAUCUGAUACUUUGUGUUGCCCAUAAGUUGCAUCAUUUACUAAGGACAAAACAGAUUCCUGGGAUAUAUUCACUCCGGAAUAGUAACUGCUUAUCCAAAGUUGAAGAACUACUGGCCUCUCUUCGUUUCAAAGAAUACAAUGAGCAGGUUCGAAAAGAACGAUCCGCUUAUAAACAAAGCCUUGCCGUCCUCGCAACUGCUCGAAAAGAUGGAAAAAUCAAGCUGAAUGUCCCGUUCGGCACACCUUGUAGGAAAUUCUAUCAAAAGAGUUCUCCCAAGGAAAUGCAUCAGAUGCUGGACAAAUUUGAUGACAGACCUCCGAGAGUUCGUCCAAAAAUUGUUCCUAUCUCCGCCAUUACAGUACCUGAUGAUGGUUUGUAUGCCAAAGUUGUAUCCUCUAUGGAACGCUGCAAUAUUGUAAAAUUUGACGACAUGUCUGUUUGUCCAAAUGUGCGCCCUGAUAAGAUUGAACAGUUCUGCAGUGAAAUGACCAAUAUUUGUGAAAGUCAACGACUCUACGCUUGAAGGAUUCUUUUUUGUGUGUUCUCGUCCUUAGUUAUCAAAGAUUAUGAAGUCACCCA